UACGGUAAUAACGCAGAGAUGGUUGAAUUCAAUUUCAAAGGGACGUAGUCAAGCGAAUACGACCUUAUCCAGCGUCACCAGAUUAACUGCGCAUCUGUCUAUAAGUACCUGGGGAAGAAAAAAUAUAUAUAUUAACCUUUAAGUGUUUCCUUAAUAAUAUGCCGUAUUAGGAAAUGAGAGGUGGGUUUCUGCUGAACACCAACACGAGCGGGGGUGUGAUCAUCUUUUGUGUUGUAGCGCAUCUUUGAGGGGCGUAACGCUUGAUGUUCGCGGACCAAUGAGAGGCGCCCGCUGAGCCGCCGAACACCGGAAGCGCCCUGAAGCCGAAAACGUCGUGCUGCGCCUGGCCUGUUGAUCGCCCGUCAGCAUGUCAGUCGUCUGGUUAAUGUGAAUUAACCGAAACAGAUUUGCGGAAAUUGCAGAAAGCAUGGAGGACCAGGAGACAGCGGAGGAGCUGUUAUUUAAACAGCAGCGAAAAGAGAAGAAAGAUCUGCAGGCCAAAAUUCAGAGCAUGAAAAAUGCUGUACCUAAAAAUGACAAAAAAAGGAGAAAACAGCUGGCCGAAGACAUUGCAAAGCUAGAAGCUGAACUCGGUGAGAAACACGAAGAGGAACUGAAGCAUCUGAACAGUUCUGAACUUGAAGACAAGGCUGAUGAUCUUGCCAAUGGAGUGCAGAGCCUGGAUCUGGAUGCUGAUGACCCAAAACCGUCCAAACAGCGUCCUUCCAAGGCCCAGAAGAGGCGGGAUAGGAAGGCCGCCCUGGAGAAGGAGAGGGAGAACAGGAUCGCGGAGGCCGAGGUGGAGAAUCUGCAGGGCUCUCGGCACCUGGAGAACCAGAAGCUUUCGCAGAUACUGGGAGGGAAGCAGUUGCAGAUCAGAGAGAUCAUGUCGGACGGGCACUGCCUGUACCGGGCCGUGGAGGACCAGCUGCUGAGGCGAGGCUCCACCCUGGGCCUGGCGGAGCUCCGCAGCCAGACCGCCCAGCACAUGAGGAAGCACGCUGAGGAAUUCCUCCCCUUUCUCACCAAUCCCACCACCGGCGACGUCUUCACGCCCGAGGAAUUUGAAAAGUACUGCAGCGAAGUCGCGGACACGGCGGCUUGGGGUGGACAGCUGGAGCUACGAGCGCUGACUGAAGUCCUCCAGAUCCCCAUCGAGGUCAUUCAAGCAGAGUCUCCUAUCAUUGUGAUUGGUGAAGAGCACCGUGAACCACCAAUCACUCUGGUCUACAUGCGGCACGCCUAUGGUCUUGGGGAACACUACAAUUCCGUGGAGCCGCUGAAGGAGGAAGAGACCUGAGAUUCUUCUUCUCCUGCAUCGUUGUGUGAUUUUCAUAGACCAGUGCUUCUGGGGUUAGAAUAAGAGCAAACUUGCUCCUGUUUAAGUGACAGCUCUGGUGCUCUUUAUCCAAUGGCCUGAAACUGUUACUUUUUGGAAUCUGAAGAAUUGCAGGUUUUGUCCCCCCCCCAGUGGCCAAUUUUGCAGAUGUACCUGAAGAGUUGUGUCUCGGUAAUGCUAGGCUGUGUUCCUGAGGACAUAUGCCAAAUUAUGUAUCUCAUGAGAUGGGAAUUAAAGUAACAGCAUACUGGUGUA